GGUGGGAUGUGCCCUUUUCGUCACAUCAGCGGCGAGAAGACAGUGGUGUGCAAACACUGGCUGAGGGGCCUCUGCAAGAAAGGAGAUCAGUGUGAAUUCUUACAUGAGUAUGACAUGACCAAGAUGCCCGAGUGCUAUUUCUAUUCCAAAUUUGGAGAAUGUAGUAAUAAGGAAUGUCCAUUUCUACACAUUGACCCUGAGUCCAAAAUCAAAGACUGCCCCUGGUAUGACCGAGGAUUUUGUAAACAUGGUCCACUGUGCAGGCACCGACACACACGGCGAGUCAUCUGUGUUAACUAUCUGGUAGGAUUCUGUCCUGAAGGCCCCAGCUGUAAAUUCAUGCACCCUCGUUUCGAGCUGCCAAUGGGAACUGGUGUUGAUCAACCACCGUUACAGCAACAGCAACAGAUACUCCAAAAGCAGAAUCUUACUCCGUUUCUUCAGCGGUCAUCCUCUCUGGUACAGAUUCCUAGCACCAACAUAAUCGUAGGGCAGCAGAAAACAAACACACAAUCUAGCGGAUCAGUGCAGCAAUCUCAAUUUCAGACAUUGUCAAAUCGAGGCCCUAGACCUUUGGAGCAAGUCACGUGUUAUAAGUGUGGUGAGAAAGGACAUUAUGCUAACCGAUGUACCAAAGGACACUUGGCAUUUCUUAGUGGUCAGUAGCAGAGUCACUGGUGAACAAUAUGUUGGAAAACUCUCAAGUUCUAUUGAUGCCCCGAAUGGAAUGUACAUUAUUCUUGGAUGGGUUUGGGAGUUGAAAAACUUACUUUAUCUUUUUUCUCCCCACCUCCCUGUGCCCCCGUAAUGCACAUUGUGACAGUUGUUACUGAAAUAUGUGCACUCUUUUAAAGUUUAGUGUCAGGAAGCACUACACUGAAGAAAAGCUACUUAGAAUAGCUUCUGUUUGUACCGUUUCCAGCCAUAUUCUUUAAUAUCCUUCAGCUCCUAUUUUUCAAUGAAACCAGGUACAGAAUUGGCAAUGGAUUGGAUUGGUAAGACACUGAGGGAGAGAACAAUGCAGAUUGCUAAAUUGUGAUCUUUAUAUCACAUAAUUUGUGCAUUACUUUUUUUUUCCUGUUUCUCCAGUUGUAUUCUUCCAAUUGUGAGGGCAGUUUUGAGUGUUGAGCUGAAGCUGUGUGUAGACUGUUUAUAGAGGCCUUUUGCAGGCAUACCUCUCAGCUCUGGUGGCAACAGCUCAAUGCCUUGAGCAGAUCUGCAGUUCUUUGUAGAACCAUAAGAUUGGUUGGUCUCCGUGUCUAAUAUAAGUCUGAUCCUUUUCUCUAGCGCAGCUGUUAUUGAGUUGCUCUGAUUGAAUUUAAACAUUUCAGAAGUAUGUACGAAUAUAAAAAUGGUAGGGAAAGGAGCUGAGAACAUCCUUAAUCCUAUUUCAGUGGAUGGAUUCGUUCCAGGCACAGGAAUAGUAUCCUGAUACAUUGUGCCACUCAACCUCAUGUUGACAUGAAAACCAACAGAAAAUCCUGGCUAGAUAUCAACUUGGAAACAAAUAUGUCUGUUGGAUUAGCAAAAUAAUGAUUAAUGAGGGUUACUUUAGGUAGAAUUACUUGCUAGGAUAUCUUAUUAAUUUGUCCUGUGCGUUAUCACAUUUUAUAGGAAAGAGGUUUUUAGUUUUGUGGCAGAAGAAAAAUGCAAUGAGAGUUGCAAAAAUUCUACUGUUGAAACCUAAAUUACCUUAUGAUUGUCAAGUGUUCAUUUUUAUCCAAUUUAAUAAAUAUUUUUUAACAAAAA